AUUACAGGCAUGGGCCACCGUGCCCGGCCAAUAUGGGCUACCUCUUACCAAGGCUGAUGUAACUCCCACCAUGGUGGAGCGUCCAGCCUGCCAGCACUGGAGACCAACACUCAGUCUUGGGGAUACCAGCUACCACCAGGUUGAGUGCAUCAGAUCCCCUUUACCUUGGAAUGGGCAUCAAUUUGUUCUUACCAGAAAUGAUAUAUACUCUAAAUGAGCUUGUCUUCCCCAACUACUUUGCCUCCAGCAGUACCACCAUCUGAGAGCUUACAGGGUGCUUUAUCCAUUGACAUACCUGAAACUAAGGAACCCAUUGAUAACCAAGGAGGUGUGACAGUGAACUCGAAGCUACAAAAUUAAUGGUGCAUACUCAUCAUCCAGAAGCAGCUAGCCAGAUAGGACUUUGGAAUGGCCUGUUGAAGACUGGGCUAAAUUGCCGACUAAGAUGUAAUGCCUUGCAAAGUUGGGAGCAGUUCUUCAGGAUAUGGUAUAUGCACUGAUAUGCACUGGGCCAAAAUGGAUAUAUAGUAUUGUGUCUCCAGUAGAACUACGUGCAUACAGGAGUAGCCUCUAUUACUAUCACACCCAGCCACUCACCUGUAGAAUUUGUGCCUCCUAGCUCUGAAAUCUGGAGCCAGCUGGGUUAUGAUUCUCAUUUCCAGGAAGAACAUUUCCUUUAGGAGACAUUAAAUUGUUCCACUGAACUGAAAACAGAACACCACCAGGCCACUUUGAGUUUCUUGUGCCAGCAGGUCCGUAGGCAAAGAAAGGAGUCGUUAUAGAGAUGCCCACAAUUCCUGCCACACACACAACAUAAAUACAAAAUCAUAUACCCAGUCAGCUGCAUUCAGUAAUCUGCCUUCCUGGAUCCUUUAGGCACUUCAGUGUAGGAAUGGGGACAGGGGUGGGGAGGAGAGACUGUUUUAGACAAGAAAAAUACAGUGCGUAGCAAUGUAAUGGCUCUUAGAGAUGACUUGGAACACUGGAAGGAAAUAUGAGGAUGUAUCUGGAGGAGUAAGUUCUGAGACUAUGGUGUCAUCAAGGAGGACUAUAGGUUAGAGGGCCAGCCAGUGAUAAAGGAGCAAAGAUUGGACUUGACGGUGCCGUAGGAGGAAAAAAAAUACAUAUAUAUGGAGCAAAGACACAGUCAAGUGGAUUACUGAGAAGACUCAUGGGGAAGUAGAAAAUGGCAACCACAGCAAGAUCAAACCCCAAAAGGAAUGGAGCAUUAGUCAGGGCCUAGAAGGUAAUUCGGGAUACCACGUAAUCAGAGGCUCUGUAGCAGGUAGCAGUUCCUUUUGUGGGCUUUUCUCUUGUUGGGCCGUACCACAGACUUGCCCAAAACUUUUAGAGUCAUGUCACAGCAUUCAAGGUUUCAGUUAGGUGAAGUUAUGCUUGAUCCAAUCAUUGAAGCCUUAAUUAUUACAAUAACACUUUGACAACAAAAACGCCUCAAAUUUCUUCACCGUCGCUAAUCUGAAAACUCCCUGGAAACAUAAGGCAAACUCAGAAUUUUAUAACUAUUUAGUGUUGGAAAGAACGUCUGUUGCCUAUAGAUCAAAUAUUUGAAAAUACUACCUAUUCAACUGGCAAUACAUACAUAAUCAGCAUCUCAAGAGACAACCUCUUGGUUUUGUGAAGCCAUUUAUUCUUGAUCCUGUCUCCACCCUCGUUUCAUUCAGCUCCUCUGCCACAGACAAUCACUAUUUUUAUUGUAACUAUUAAAAUUAUUGUCAUUAAGAAAAAUAGAAGGAAUAUAUAAGUAUCUGAGCAGGGCGGUAUAAAAGGAAAUUCGUCCCUUUUUCCCCACCCCGCGCACCUCCUCAGAGCGGACAAGCUGAGGACCACGACCCCCAAACCCGGGAUUAGAGCGCUUCACAGGAAUGCUAAGUCCUCCCGCGAUCCUAGAGAGGACCGCGAAGGGGAGCGCAGCUCCGGAAGGCGGGUGUGACGCACUUCCGACUUUUGUGACGCUUUCCCUGGGUUCUGACGUCCAGGGGGACUAGAUCUGAGUCCAGCGCUCCUGGUCCCCAAAGUCACAACCGGUUCUAUCCCAGCACCCCAGACGUCUCCGGGCGGGGACAGAGUUGGGCGUGCACGGCUGUGUCCUGCAAUCCGCUAGCCACGACCGCCCCGGACGGAGUGGAAGCGGGUCCGUGCCCCUGUCCCUCGCGUCAGCCUCGGCGGUGGCAAGCGCUGUCCCUCAGCAGAGGCGUCCCUGGAUACAGGAUAGCAAAGCCUGAUCUCAUAAAACCUAGGUCACAAAGGACAGCCCUGCAAAACAGACGCUAUUUGGAUCAAGUGAGCCAGUUCCUGGAACCUGAAUAAUGACUCCUGAAUCAAGGGAUACUACAGAUUUGUCUCCAUGGGGUACCCAGGAGAUGGAAGGCAUCGUGGUAGUGAAGGUGGAGGAGGAAGAUGAAGAAGACCAUUUUCAAAAGCAAAGAAACAAAGUAGAGUCAUCGCCACAAGUUCUCAGUCGCUCUACAACCAUGAAUGAGAGAGCCUUAUUAUCAUCAUAUUUAGUUGCAUAUAGAGUAGCAAAGGAGAAAAUGGCUCACACGGCGGCUGAAAAAAUUAUCCUUCCAGCAUGUAUGGACAUGGUACGGACAAUUUUUGAUGACAAAUCAGCUAAUAAACUAAGAACUAUACCUCUUAGUGAUAAUACAAUAUCUCGUCGAAUCUGUACGAUUGCAAAACAUUUGGAAGCAAUGCUUAUUACACGGCUGCAGUCUGGUAUAAACUUUGCAAUCCAACUUGAUGAGAGCACUGAUAUUGCAAGUUGUCCCACACUCUUGGUCUAUGUCAGAUAUGUGUGGCAAGAUGAUUUCGUAGAGGAUCUCUUAUGUUGUUUAAAUUUAAAUUCACAUAUAACUGGAUUAGAUUUAUUUACUGAAUUAGAAAACUGCAUUGUUGGUCAGUAUAAAUUAAACUGGAAACAUUGUAAAGGAAUUUCAAGUGAUGGAGCAGCCAAUAUGACCGGAAAACACAGCAGACUUACUGAAAAAUUGUUAGAAGCAACCCACAACAAUGCUCUUUGGAAUCACUGUUUUAUUCAUCGAGAAGCUUUGGUAUCCAAAGAAAUUUCACCAAGUCUAAUGGAUGUAUUGAAAAAGGCAGUGAAAAUUGUUAAUUUUAUUAAAGGAAGCUCACUGAAUAGCCGACUUCUCGAAAUACUUUGUUCAGAGAUUGGAGUUAACCAUACCCACUUAUUGUUUCAUACAGAAGUUCGUUGGCUUUCUCAAGGAAAAGUAUUGAGCAGAGUAUAUGAACUCAGGAAUGAGAUUUACAUUUUUCUCAUUGAAAAGCAAUCUCAUUUGGCAAAUAUUUUUGAAAACGACAUUUGGGUAACCAAAUUGGCAUAUUUAAGUGAUAUUUUUGGCAUUCUUAAUGAAUUAAACCUGAAAAUACAGGGGAAAAACAAUGAUAUAUUUCAGUAUCUUGAACAUAUUCUAGGAUUCCAAAAGACAUUAUUAUUUUGGCAAGCAAGACUUAAAAGUAACCGCCCUAGCUACUAUAUGUUUCCAACAUUAUUGCAACACAUCGAAGAGAACAUUAUUAACGAAGACUGCUUAAAAGAAAUAAAAUUAGAGAUAUUGUUGCAUCUCACUUCUUUGUCUCAAACUUUUAAUUAUUACUUUCCAGAAGAGAAAUUUGAAUCAUUAAAGGAAAAUAUUUGGAUGAAAGAUCCAUUUGCUUUUCAAAACCCAGCAUCAAUAAUUAAGUUAAACUUGGAGCCUGAAGAAGAGAAUGAAUUAUUGCAGCUCAGUUCAUCAUUCACACUAAAGAAUUAUUAUAAGACAUUAAGUUUAUCAGCAUUUUGGAUUAAGAUUAAAGAUGAAUUUCCACUGCUAAGUAGGAAGAGUAUAUCGCUGUUACUACCAUUCACAACUACUUAUUUGUGUGAACUAGGAUUUUCAAUCUUGACACGAUUAAAAACAAAGAAGAGAAAUAGGCUCAACAGUGCACCGGACAUGCGGGUAGCGUUAUCUUCAUGUGUUCCUGACUGGAAGGAACUUAUGAACAGACAAGCACACCCAUCACAUUAAAUAAAAUCUUUACAAAAUUCUGUGUUUAGUCGGGUGUGGUGGCUUACGCCUGUAAUCCCAGCACUGGGAAGACGGAGGUGGGCAGAUCACUUGAGAUUGGGAGUUCGAGACUAGCCUGGCCAACAUGGUGAAACCCCAUCUCUACUAAAAAUACAAAACUUAGCCAGGCGUGGUGGUACAUGGCUGCAGUCCCUGUUACCUGGGUGCCUAAGGCAGGAGAAUCUCUUAAACCAGAGAUUGCAGUGAGCUGAGAUAAUCCCACUGCAUUCCAGCCUGGGCAACAGAGUGAGACUCCAUCUCAAAAACAAAACAAAAAAAAAAUUAUAUCUGUACUUUUAAAGGGAUUUUGCAGUAUAUUGUAUUUAAAUGUUAAUAAAAUUAUAUUUGCAAUUAGG